GUUACAGAUGACUCCUAAGGUGGGAACGGUGUCGGUCCUGCUGGGCGCUCAAUGGGGCGAUGAAGGAAAAGGGAAAAUCAUCGACUACCUCAUCGAAAAUUACGACGUGCAAGUGACCGCUCGUUGCCAAGGAGGCAAUAACGCUGGCCACACGGUUGUAGCCAAUGGCAAAAAGUAUGACUUCCACAUUUUACCGAGUGGCAUGAUUAGCGAAAAAUGCUUCAACAUCAUAGGAAAUGGUGUUGUUGUGAACUUGGAUGCUUUCUUCUCCGAACUUGAUCAUAAUGGAGUGAAUAAAGAACCUGGUUGGGAAAAGAGGAUCAUGAUCUCUGCCGAGGCUCAUCUAGUAUUUGGUGUGCACGCUCAAGUUGAUGGACGUCAAGAAGACAGCCUUGGCACAACACAGAAAAUCGGCACCACGAACCGUGGCAUUGGCCCCACAUACUCUUCAAAAUGCUUUCGGAAUGGCAUACGUGUUGCUGAUCUUAUGGGUGAUUUCGAAAGCUUUUCUGAGAGAUACCUCCGACUCGUUGAACAUUAUAAAAAGCAGUUCCCGAGCAUAGAUAUUGAUACGAAGGCGGAGCUUGCUCGAUUCAAGGAGCAUCGCGAAAAACUCAUCGAGUUGAAUCUGGUGGGUGAUAGCGUGAGUCGCCUUCAUGAACUGAGGAAGCAAGGACGCUCAGUUCUGGUGGAAGGAGCAAAUGGAGCUUUGCUAGACAUUGACUUUGGCACCUAUCCGUAUGUGACCUCGUCAAAUGCCACUGUGGGUGGAGCUUGCACUGGUCUUGGUAUUCCACCCACUGCUAUCACGCAGGUUUAUGGUGUGGUAAAAGCAUACCAGACAAGGGUAGGCACUGGUCCUUUCCCUACCGAGCUCAAGAACGAAGAAGGUGAUCGCCUACAGUCUAUAGGUCAAGAAAUUGGUGUUACCACUGGGAGGAGAAGGAGAUGUGGCUGGUUGGAUUUGUUCCUGUUACGUCGUAGUGCUCAAAUCAACGGUUACACAGCAAUAGCGCUUACAAAACUUGAUAUAUUGGAUUCCUUCAAAGAAAUCAAGGUUGCGGUUGGCUACCGCCUUGAUGGAAAACCUAUCCAAGCACCUCCAGCACAAGCAGCUGCAUGGGAUCGGGUUGAAGUGGAAUACAAAGUCUUCCCGGGAUGGGAAGCCACAACAACGGGAAUCCGAAAAUGGGAGGAUCUCCCACCUAAAUGUCAAGAAUACGUUCAAUUUAUCGAAAGUUUCAUUGAGGUGCCCAUCAAAUGGAUAGGAGUCGGCGCCGACCGUGAAUCACUCAUCGUCCGGGGAUAACUCUCAGCAUAUUCAACUAGUUAAGUGCCGUUUUAUCAUUUAGAUAGGGCAGUCUGUUGCUCAGCGACUGAAUCGAUGAUGACAUCGAACACGUUAUUCUUUACUUUGUCGCUUUAUAUUCAUUCCUCUCGUCAAGAUGGGCAAAUGUAUGCGUUUGUUUUAUUGUUACUAAUGAUUUCAUGUUGCCAUGCAUUUAAGUUUCUCAAUGAAGAUUUCUAAUAUAUUUAUGU